UUCUCUCGCGUACCCCCCGGAAGGUAGACUGAGAAGGGGAGGCGGGCGGACCGGGAGGAGAGAGGACCGCGCGGUCGCGAGGGUUCAGGGGCGGCAAUGUGGCGGGUCGUGCACCUGGCCUUCUAGAUAGUCCUAGCCGGACAGGGGGCGUGUGCGCUCGGCGCACCUGCGAGACCACAGAGCCCUGGGCCGGCACGUGUGGGGAGUGUAGACUGGUCCGCUGAACCCCUUUUCUCGCUGCCUCGGGGAAGGGAGGGGGCGGGCAGGUACUGCGGGCUGGCUAGUGAGGAGGGGGCCGAGGCCAUGGAGCGGGUGAACGACGCUUCCUGUGGCCCCUCGGGCUGCUACACCUACCAGGUGAGCAGGCACAGCACGGAGAUGCUGCACAACCUGAACCAGCAGCGCAAAAACGGCGGGCGCUUCUGCGACGUGCUCCUGCGGGUGGGCGACGAGAGCUUCCCAGCGCACCGCGCCGUCCUGGCCGCCUGCAGCGAGUACUUUGAGUCGGUGUUCAGUGCCCAGUUGGGCGACAGUGGAGCUGGGGAUGGGGGUCCCGCCGACGUCGGGGGUGCGGCAGCAGCCCCCGGCGGCGGGACUGGGGGCAGCCGGGAGCUGGAGAUGCAUACGAUCAGUUCCAAGGUGUUCGGGGACAUCCUGGACUUCGCCUACACGUCUCGCAUUGUCGUGCGUCUGGAGAGCUUCCCCGAGCUCAUGACUGCCGCCAAGUUCCUGCUGAUGAGGUCCGUCAUUGAGAUCUGCCAGGAAGUCAUCAAACAGUCCAACGUGCAGAUCCUGGUGCCCCCUGCGCGGGCAGACAUCAUGCUCUUCCGCCCCCCAGGGACCUCGGACUUGGGCUUCCCUUUGGACAUGACCAAUGGGGCGGCCUUGGCCGCCAACAGCAAUGGCAUAGCCGGCAGCAUGCAGCCCGAGGACGAGGUGGCCCGGGCAGCAGGUGCGGCCAUUUCCAGCCAAGCCUCUCUGCCUGUUCUCCCUGGGGUGGACCGCUUGCCCAUGGUGGCUGGACCCUUGUCCCCGCAACUGCUGACUUCCCCGUUCCCCAAUGUGGCAUCCAGUGCCCCUCCCCUGACUGGCAAGCGAGGCCGGGGCCGUCCAAGGAAGGCCAACCUGCUGGACUCCAUGUUUGGGUCCCCGGGGGGCCUGCGGGAGGCAGGCAUCCUUCCAUGCGGCCUGUGUGGGAAGGUGUUCACGGAUGCCAACCGGCUUCGGCAGCACGAGGCCCAGCACGGCGUCACCAGCCUCCAGCUGGGCUACAUCGACCUUCCUCCGCCGAGGCUGGGCGAGAAUGGCCUGCCCAUCUCCGAGGACCCCGAUGGCCCCCGCAAGAGGAGUCGGACCCGGAAGCAGGUGGCCUGCGAGAUCUGUGGCAAGAUCUUCCGCGACGUGUACCAUCUCAACCGACACAAGCUCUCCCACUCCGGGGAGAAGCCCUACUCGUGCCCUGUGUGCGGACUGCGGUUCAAGAGGAAAGACCGCAUGUCCUACCACGUGCGGUCCCACGACGGCUCUGUGGGCAAGCCCUACAUCUGCCAGAGCUGUGGGAAAGGUUUCUCCAGGCCCGACCACUUGAACGGACAUAUCAAGCAGGUGCACACCUCUGAGCGGCCUCACAAGUGUCAGACCUGCAAUGCUUCUUUUGCCACCCGCGACCGCCUGCGUUCCCACCUGGCCUGUCAUGAAGACAAGGUGCCCUGCCAGGUGUGUGGCAAGUACCUGCGGGCCGCGUACAUGGCCGAUCACCUGAAGAAGCACAGUGAGGGGCCCAGCAACUUCUGCAGCAUCUGUAACCGAGGUUUCUCCUCUGCCUCCUACUUAAAGGCCCAUGUUAAAACCCACCACGGUGUUCCCCUUCCCCAGGUCUCCAGGCACCAGGAGCCCAUCCCGAAUGGGGGAGCAGCGUUCCACUGCGCCAGGACCUAUGGCAACAAAGAAGGCCAGAAAUGCUCACAUCAGGAUCCGAUUGAGAGCUCCGACUCCUACGGUGACCUCUCGGACGCCAGCGACCUGAAGACCCCAGAAAAGCAGAGCGCCAACGGCUCCUUCUCCUGCGACAUGGCGGUCCCCAAAAACAAAAUGGAAUCCGACGGGGAGAAGAAGUACCCGUGCCCUGAGUGCGGCAGCUUCUUCCGGUCCAAGUCCUACUUGAACAAACACAUCCAGAAGGUGCAUGUCCGGGCCCUCGGGGGCCCCCUGGGGGACCUGGGCCCUGCCCUCGGCUCCCCCUUCUCUCCCCAGCAGAACAUGUCUCUCCUUGAGUCCUUCGGGUUCCAGAUCGUUCAGUCGGCCUUCGCGUCCUCCCUGGUAGACCCCGAGGUGGACCAGCAGCCCAUGGGGCCCGAGGGGAAAUGAGGAGAAGCGUGUCCCAUGGAGACCACCGCCCUCCGGGGACUGCUGAGAUAGGCUGUGAAUUCGGAGGGAAGUGAUAUCUUUGGGUUCUGUAGCUGAGAGAUUUUUGUUCGUUUUCUAAAAAGCCCCCCACGCCCAGCCCAGCCCUGUCCCCCAACUGCCCUCUCCAACCACCCAGCCCCACAGUGGUCUUUAGAAAUAGAUUCGCAUAAAUAACCUGUGAGCCUCAGGGUGGGACGAGGGCAAGAAACACUACGUAGGCCUCCGAGGCAACACCAAUCCCGGCGUCCCUGUUGGCGGAAGCCGGAAUUGUUGGUGCUUGAUUCUUAGUGAACCCCCCCCCACCCAAAAAAAAAUCCAAACCCCACCUCAUGACAUUCUGGGACCUCAAUGAUUCUUUGGGGGUUCCUUCCCCACUUCUCCAAUCACUUAGCCCAUUGCCCUGCCCAUAUCCCUCAAAAGAAACCAUCGUAGGGUUUCCAUCCACUUAGACAGCGCCAGUGCACAUCUGUCGUUCCAGAAGCCAGAAGCCUGCAGCAUCCCACGGACCACGGGGUAAAGGUCUGUCCCCCUGAGCUCAAGCCCUGGUCUGGAGGGCCCCAGACCCUCCUGAGCCCCGCUGGGAGGGCCAGCAUAUGUCACUGCAGGGGACAGGCUCCGCUAUGGGGGACAGCCCCACCCCAAAUUCCAGUUCUUACGUGAUUCUAACCAUUCAACGUUGCUGUCGGGUUUUAAUUCUCUAAUAUUGUUAUUAUUUUUUAGGACCCGUUGUAGUGAAUUGCUACUGAAAGCUAUCCCAGGUGAAACCGAGCUCUUUGUAAACCGCAGUCACACGUUAGGGUUAGGAUGACACUUUGUUUAGUUGUACCAUAAUUAACUUGGCUAGUUGAUUGUUUUAAGUCUAUGGAAGAAAUAGUUUUAUGCAAAAUUUUAAACAAUGCCAGUCUGGUCAGGGAGGUCUGGGUUCGGCUGCUCUCGGGAGCCGGGAAGGUGGGCGAGCCAGCCGAUCGGGGACAUUGUGUACCUGUGUGUGUUGUCACACUUGAGCAAGCCCAGCUCGACCUCAAGGCGUGGAUUGAUCUGAUUAGACUGUAUUAAAAGCGCUAGUAUGUUA